CCGUACAACGAGACAACACGCAGGCGCGUUUCUCUUCAUGCCGAGUCCAGCAAUGGCGUCCUCCUUGUGGAUGUGCAGGUUAUGUAUGAGAGGAUGGAGGAGUACUUUGAACAGCAUAGAGAGACUGAAUUUCACGUCGUGGAGACAGACAAGCUCAAGUAAUGUAGCUGUUAAAAAAGAAACAACACGCCGGAAAGACGAACUUGCAGAACCUGUUGAUGAAAGAAAAUCGUUUUAUAUGCUUCAAGAAGAAAGGCAGGAACAAGCAGAACGGUCUGUUCUUAUAAGCUGCUCUCACAAAAUCACUGAAAAAAGGUUUCUGAACUAUUUAUCAAGACAUGGAGAUAUCAAUACCUUCUUCUUCUAUGAAAGUUUUGGUGUGUACGCCGUGGUGGAAUUUUCUAAGAAAGAAAGUGUUGCAUCACUUCAGGAUGGAGCCAGCAUCCCCAGUAUUGAGCAUGAAGCGACUGUCCCUUUCAAGUCUAGACUUCUUUCACUUAAAUUAAAUAACCCUGUUGACCAGUCAGGUUCCCAGCCAUCUGUACAGUGCCUACCACAAUCUCCUGUUCCUAUCAGUGAACUCAUUCAGAAGCUCUCCAAAGCAGACAGUAUAGACCAACAAUUAUACACCCUUACAGAUACCUACGAGUUGACUGAGGAAAGCAUUCGGCUGCGCUUUUUAGUUUGCUCUUUACUGAAGGACAUUGCAGCAGCAUACUUUCCAGAAUGCACAGUGAGGCCGUUCGGCUCCACUGUAAACCAGUUUGGGAAGCUAGGUUGUGACUUGGAUAUGUUCCUGGAUUUGGAUGCCAUCAGUGGCAGGAAUUUAAAGAAGACAGCAGGCGCCUUCUCCCUGGAGUACCAGAUGAAGAGGGUUUCCUCCGAAAGAGCCGCCACGCAGAGCAUCCUGUCAGUAAUUGGGAAGUGCAUUGAGCAGUUCGGUCCUGGGUGUGUCGGGGUGCAGAAGAUCCUCAAUGCCCGCUGUCCGCUGGUCCGCUUUGCUCACCAGCCCUCUGGCUUCCAGUGCGACCUGACGGCCAAUAACAGGAUUGCCUUGAAGAGCUCGGAGCUGCUCUACCUGUACGGGAGCCUGGACCGGCGGGUCAGAGCCCUGGUGUUCAGCGUCCGCUGCUGGGCUAGAGUUCACGGCAUCACCAGCAGCAUCCCGGGAGCCUGGCUCACCAACUUCUCCCUCACCGUGAUGGUCCUCUUUUUCCUGCAGAAGAGAAACUCUCCUGUCAUACCCACCCUCGACAGACUGAAGGAGCUAGCAGGACCCAUGGAUAAAGUUACCAUUGAAGGGAACGACUGCACUUUUGUUAGCAACCUCAGCAAGAUUAAUGUACCAGAAAACACAGAAACCUUAGAGCAUCUUCUUCAGGAAUUCUUUGAAUUCUAUGCAAACUUUGCCUUUGGUAGAUUGUCCAUCAACAUAAGAAAGGGUAAGGAGCAGAACAAGCCAGAUGCCUCCCCCUUGCACAUCCAGAACCCCUUUGAACCAUCUCUCAACGUCAGCAAGAAUGUGAACCAGACCCAGCUGGAGAGGUUUGUGGAGCUGGCCAAGGAGAGCUCCUGGAUCCUGGCGCAGGGUGAAUCGAGGAGCCCCUCCAGGACUGGGGACCAAGCCUGGGGCCUGGCUGCUCUCCUGUUGCCCUCCGUCUCCCAGCCGGGAAAGAGCCGGAAGAGGAGGAAAAGGGAGCCUGCCAGUGAAAGGAUAAAGAGCCUGCUGGAGUCUCUAAAGACCAAUAAGUUACAUGGCAAAACUACUGGAAAUACAGUGAGCAGUGAGAGGACAGUUCCUAACAAGUCCCACUAGAGGGCACUGUGGAAAUUAUUUCCCUUCCCUACACUGUGUAUUGAAGCCUCUCCUGAUAGGAUAGGAGAAAAACUAGAUAUGUCAAGGCAAACUGUUCUGCACCUUCACCGGACAGGUUUGCAUAUAGAAGAAGAAUACCCGAAGUCUUAAAAAGUUUUAAGAUUUUAAAUUUUCUUCUUCAGUGGAUUGCCAUGACUGAUUUGUAUGUUUUUUUAUGGUUUCCAUACGUGUAUGUUUGUACAGAAAAUAUUCAUUUUACGAGAAGGCAUGCAUAUAGAGAGACUCUCCCAUGCAUACUUUUAUAAGCUUCCACAAAAAAUAAAUACCAGCUUUUAUUAAUCAGUUAUAGUACUCUUGAGAUUAUCUUGAAACAUAAUUAGGGAUGUGCAAAAAAAAAUGAAUAUUUCAUGAAACUAAAAAAAGCGUUCAGGAGCAUGAAAGACUGUAAACCCAUUUGUCUUUACUAAUUUGUUGGUAUCUUGAUUAACAGGUUUCUCUGGUAGGAAAACAUGACUUAAAAUGACCUGUAUAAAACAAGGUGUAGUAAUUUUGUUUUGAUAUGUACCUAUAAUGCUGUACAGCAAUUCUACAGCAAUUCUAUAGUUUUUGAAGCUUACAUUGGCCAGACACAUCUAAUUCUCAAGGACCACAUAAGUUUUACCAGACCAGGCUCCACAGUUUUUCAGUAUUUGGUAAACAUUCCCAGUGUUGUCUUUCAGGGAGCUGCAGAAAUAAACUUUUGCACAUGUCCGUACAUUUUUUAAUUGGGUGUUCAGAUUGCAAACAAGACUUUCUAGCUUUGGGGUUUCUGUAGACUUUGUGGGGCUGCCUGUGGUUUUCUUUGUUUGAACUUCCUCUGAUGUAUUCUAGUGUGUAAACAAAAUAAGAGGCAUUUGUUCCACUAAACAAAUUCUGAGCAUAAAAAUCUUGUUUUUACAUAUUGUUGUAUUUAAUGUAAAAUGUCAAACUUUCUUAUUGCAAGUUGAAACGCUCAUGGGAGCUGAGCAAUUCCCUUUAAAAACCUAAAUUAAUUUGCUGCAAAAAAGGGAAUAUUUGUUGCCUAAGCCUUUCAAAAACUGUGAUGUGUAGUUAUGUGUGGAUAAACUAGCUGUUAAGUAAUUGGCCUAUGGAGUUGACUAUUUCAAGAAUAGAUAUUAAUUGCUGUUCAAACAGUGUUCUCUUAACAGUAAUUGAGCAGUUGUUUUAAUACAGCAACAAAUACUAAUCAUAUAUUAAAUUAUACUGUAGUUUCAUUAGGGUAACUAUAUUAUAAAAUUCUGUACCUUGUUGUAAAAUUGUUUCCCUAGGGAGAUCCUUUAUGGAGUCAUUUAGCUCCAAAAGAGUAAAUGACUCUAUGGUGUAUGAAGAUGUUUUAGAAGAAUCACUGCAUUGAAAACACGCAUAGUUGCACUGUUUCUCAGCUUAGUAUGAUGCAAGUUUAACAAUUAAAAUCCCUUUUGUCAUCCCA